CAUUACUGCAGAAAGGUUUCUCAUCUCGUUGAUGACCUUAGUGGCCCGUUUUUUUGGAUAAAAUAAAAGUGAAAAUUUGUCAUAUAAAUGUGUAAAUUAAAAUGUAAAUUCAAUAGCGGUAUAAACCUGACGAAUGACAAUACAUUUAUGAAGCUAAAAAGGCGUAUUUAAUGUGUGCAGUUGUACAUUUAUAUUUGUGUUUGUGUUUAAAUUGUUUUCUAUUACGGCAAACGGUAUAAAAACACAUAUUUUAACAUACUAAUUGACUGCACUAAAUCAAAAGACUUAGGCGACAAACUCGCAAGUACCUGUGGUUGGUGGAAUGUACAUAUGUUUAAAGACGUGGCAGUGUCACCAGUGCAACAAUACAACUCUUGUAUAUCCUCUUUGAAUGAUAUGCUGUUUUACUUGAGCUAAAAAAAACCAUUCACCAUUCUUUGUUCAACAUAUAUUGAAUAAUCUUCAAAAUGGUUUACCCCGAAGAACCUUUUUGGGUUUUACCAACGGUAACUGGAUUUUACGAGGAUAGAGAUUAUAGAGUUAAUGUGGUUGAAGCCCUUCAAGAGUUUUGGCAAAUGAAGCAAUCCCGCGGAGCCGAAAUGAAAAACGGGGCUCUAGUAAUUUACGAAUCGAUUCCAGCUAAUAGCCAGCCAUACAUUUGUUUCGUAACCCUUCCUGGCGGAAGCUGCUUUGGAAGUUUUCAGAACUGUCCAACCAAGGCAGAGGCCCGUCGCAGUUCGGCCAAGAUUGCGCUGAUGAACUCGGUGUUCAAUGAGCACCCUUCGCGCCGAAUCAGUGACGAGUUCAUUCAAAAAGCUGUUCAGGAUGCUCGAACUUCAUUUAAGGGCACAUCGCAAAUAAAUGAGGGCUCAGAGUCUGGAAUUGGAGCUUUUAGAUUCAUGCUGGAAGCAAAUAAGGGAAGAACUAUGCUGGAAUUCCAAGAGCUGAUGACGGUCUUUCAACUGCUUCACUGGAAUGGGUCCUUGAAAGCAAUGCGCGAACGCCACUGCUCCAGGCAGGAAGUCGUGGCCCAUUACUCUAACCGGAGCCUGGACGACGAGAUGCGGUCACAGAUGGCAUUGGACUGGAUUGCCAGAGAACACGACAAUCCCGGCGUUAUCCGCAGGGAGUUGGGGCUUGCCGAGAGAGAACUGGAGACCUUCCGCAUGGCUGGACGUGAACUGCGUUUUCCGAAGGAAAAGAAGGACAUACUUAUGAUAGCUCAUAAUCAACUGGGCGGCAGUGCCCUUAACUCGGCUUCCAUUGAUGAUUAAUCGGGAAAACUAAUAAGCAUCUUACACGAUCGAAAUGACCCUUUUUUAGAUAAAUCAUACAAUUUCACUUUGAGUAACAAUCACUAUUUAUUUAAUUGGCAUACCAUAUGAUCUCCAUGAUGAAAAACAAGCGGAAAAAUGAUUCAACUUCCCACAAUUACUUCAAAAUUAAAAAAUUAAUUUUAAAAAUCUUUGAAAAUGUGAUUUUUAAUACAGCUGCUAAAAAAAUAAGACUAAACCCAAUAAAAUA